AUCUCUCUUAUCGUAUGUCCUUUUUCCAAAAAUGUUAAACUUGAUGUUGUACGAUGUUUUCGUUUUUUUGGGGUCUUUGUGAUAUUUUCUUUUGCAUGUUAGUCUGGCUGUAGAAUGCUAUCUGGGCUUUUUAGAUCGCACCCAGAUCUUAUUUUCCUUUGAUCCGGUUCCGUAGCUUGUCAAUCUUGUCGUAGCAGAAGAAAGUAUAGAGGAACUGAGAGAGAAAGAGAGGGUGUGUGAACAUUCGUUAUGCCCGCCCCUUUUUCGAUUGGAUGAAUAGAAGUCAAAAGUUUCUACAGCCUAAUCUUAUAGUCCAUAUUUGCAAAAUUGUUGGUCUCCUUUGAUUUAUAAUGCUUCUGUGCAUCUGGGUUUUCUCUUUUGAUUUUGGAAUUCUUUUUCUCAAGUCAAUAAUAUCGGAAUUUUGUGGACUGAAAAAGAUUUUCCCUCUUGAAUUGCAAAGUUGCAACUUUUUUUUUUAAGAUGGUAAUUGGUAAAGAUGGCCUUCGUCGAGGCAUUAUGAGAGGUGGAUUCUGGCUUCAUUGAAUAGCCGUGUUGGCAUGAAUUUGGUUUAAUGCAUCUGCGUUUUUCUGUUUCGACUGAAAUUGUGUCUUUCCAUCAGCAUUGAUGCUUUAUUUGGUCUAGAGGAGUUUGAUUAGCAUUGGAUUAUCAAGUCCUUGAGGAGGAUCUUUCAUUGUCAUUUAAGUUAUGAUCAAACAGAUACUUAACAAGCUCCCACGGAAGCCCUCUAAGUCGGCUGAAAGUCGUGAAGGAGGGGGAACCUCUACCUCCUCAUCAAAUCCUUACAACAAUUCAAGAAGCGGUGAAUUGUCAAGUAACAGAUAUGCAAACUUGGGCAAUACAUCUCUACCAGGUCUUAAUUCUACUUCAAAUUUAGGGGUAAAUCAUGGUAAUAAGCUUAACCAAGCUGGGAAUGUGAAGCUUAAUGGUGGCAAUUCUUUGGUUUUGUCGUAUGAGGCAUUGCCUAAUUUCAGAGAUGUUCCAAAUUCUGAGAAGCAAAACUUAUUUAUUAAAAAGCUGAACAUGUGUUGUGUUGUAUUCGACUUCACUGACCCAACAAAGCACCUCAAAGAAAAGGAAAUCAAACGACAGACAUUGACGGAGCUUGUGGACUAUGUUGCUUCUGCUAAUGGGAAAUUCCCAGAAGCAGUCAUGCAAGAAAUCAUAAAAAUGGUAUCCAUAAAUUUGUUCAGAACACUCACUUCUCCACCACGUGAAAACAAGAUUUUGGAAGCCUUUGAUUUGGAAGAGGAGGAGCCAUCAAUGGACCCUGCAUGGCAACACUUGCAAAUUGUGUAUGAAUUCUUUUUGAGGUUUGUAGCAUCCCCAGAGACAGAUGCAAAGUUGGCUAAGAGGUACGUCGAUCACUCUUUUGUUCUCAGAUUGUUAGAUCUUUUUGAUUCAGAAGACCCCAGGGAGAGGGAUUACUUGAAAACGGUUCUGCACCGCAUCUAUGGGAAAUUUAUGGUGCACCGACCAUUCAUCAGGAAAGCAAUAAACAACAUCUUUUAUCGUUUUAUCUUUGAGACUGAGAAACAUAAUGGAAUAGCAGAGCUGUUAGAGAUUUUGGGAAGUAUAAUUAAUGGGUUUGCUCUGCCUCUAAAAGAAGAACACAAACUCUUCCUUGUUCGAGCUCUAAUUCCACUUCAUAAACCAAAAUGCAUACCUAUGUAUCAUCAGCAGUUAUCUUACUGCAUUACACAAUUUGUAGAGAAAGACUGCAAACUUGCUGAUACAAUUAUUCGGGGUUUGCUAAAAUAUUGGCCUAUUACAAACAGUUCUAAGGAGGUCAUGUUCUUAGGUGAGCUAGAGGAAGUUUUAGAAGCAACUCAACCUGCAGAGUUCCAGCGUUGUAUGGUACCAUUGUUUCGCCAAAUUGGCCGCUGCUUGAGCAGUUCACAUUUUCAGGUAGCAGAACGAGCUUUGUUCUUAUGGAACAAUGAUCACAUUGAGAACCUUAUCAAACAGAACCGCAAAGUUAUCCUGCCUAUUAUUUUCCCUGCAUUGGAAAGAAAUGCAAGAAACCACUGGAACCAGGCUGUACAGAGCUUAACAUUAAAUGUCCGCAAGAUAUUCUCUGAUACCGACCCUGAGCUUGUUGAGGAGUGUUUGCUCAAGUUUCAGGAAGAUGAAGCACAGGAAAAGGAAAUGAAUUUGAAACGCGAAACAACUUGGAAACGCUUGGAAGAGAUUGCUGCAAAGAAAGCCGCAAGUAAUGAACCAGUGCUUGUCUCCUCCAAAAUAGCCACUCGAACGCCUUCAGGCUAGGGGAGAUUCUCAUGUAUUAUUACAGAAGUUGUAAUAUCACAAUUGGUGUUGGAGUGAAAGGGUUCAAGGAUGCCAUUGUAGAGACUCAAAGCAGCCCCACUUUGCCAAAGUACUUAGAUUGUAUAUAUUUCAUUGGGUGGAAGUGGAAAAGAUCAAAUGGUAUGCUGCAUGGCCGACCAACUGGGAAAUCUGAUUAUUAAAGUUGGCUCUUUUGCCAUAAUGUUCGAAAGGUAACAGAAGGAAAAAGAAAAAAAGAAAAAAUUGAAAAUUUGACAUAAAUUGUGCUUACAUAUUUUUGAAUUUGGUUUUAAUAGAGGGUAUGGCUCACUCUUUUUAUUUACUUGUAUGUUUCAUCAAACUUUAUUGCUUUUGUGAAUGAUCUCUAUUAAAAAAUUCCAGUGGAGCGAGAUUAGCAUA